CUUUCUUUCUUUCCUUUCUGUAAUUUCUUAUGUUUGAACUGCAGAACCAGAUCAAGCAAAUCUCUUUACUACUCUUAGCAUUUUUGCAGGAAGCUUUUUGGGGAUGGAUUUCUUUAACUCUAUCUUGAAUUGGGUAGUGCCUCCAGCAAGCUUUGUGAUACUAGCCUUCUCAUGGCCAACCCUGUGUUUCAUCAAUGCCUGUGAGUGGCUUUAUAGCUCUUUCUACAGUGAAAAUAUGGAAGAUAAAGUGGUUAUAAUCACUGGAGCUUCUUCUGGAAUAGGGGAGCAAAUUGCAUACGAAUAUGCGAAGAGGAGAGCAAAUCUAGUAUUGGUGGCAAGGAGAGAGCAGAGGCUUCGAGUGGUCGGUCAGAAUGCAAGGGAUAUGGGUGCAAAGCAUGUCACAGUUAUAGCUGCAGAUGUUGUCAAGGAAGAAGAUUGCAGGAGAUUCGUUAAUGACACAAUAAACUUCUAUGGGCGUCUCGACCAUCUUGUAAAUACAGCCAGUUUGGGACAUACAUUCUACUUUGAAGAAGUCACCGAUACGUCCGUGUUUCCCCUUUUGCUGGACAUAAAUUUUUGGGGAAAUGUAUACCCAACAUCUGUUGCUUUACCUUACCUACAACAGAGUAAUGGUCGAAUCGUUGUUAAUGCAUCGGUGGAAACCUGGUUACCUCUGCCAAGGAUGAGUUUAUAUGCUGCAGCUAAGGCUGCUCUUGUAAACUUCUACGAAACACUGAGAUUCGAAGUGAAAGAUGAUGUUGGAAUAACAAUUGCAACACAUGGUUGGAUUGGAAGUGAAGUGACCGGAGGCAAGUUCAUGCUAGAGGAGGGUGCAGAGAUGCAAUGGAAGGAAGAAAGAGAAGUAAAUGUAACUGUGGGACCUAUAGAGGACUACGCGAGGUUAAUCGUAUCCGGGGCUUGCCGAGGGGAUGCAUAUGUCAAGUAUCCAAGCUGGUAUGAUAUAUUCCUUCUUUUCAGGGUUUUUGCACCCAACGUUCUCAAUUGGACGCUCCGGUUUCUUCUUGCCACCCAUGGCGCGAGAAGAACUUCUCUUUUGGGCACCGGAAGGCCCCUUUUGGAGUACACUGGAAAGCCUUUAUUGGAGAUGAGCCCCUCUCCUAAGAAACUUCUUGCUAGUCCCACCCACUACUCCCAACUCAGUCCCCUGCAGCAGCCAAAAUGGGAAUGAAAAUAAUACUGAUCUCCCCUGUAGAUCGUGUUAUACCGAUAUUUUGUGUGCUUUGCUGUGUUCUCUAGCUGUCUUGCUGAAAAUUUGAGACUGAUGAGAGACAUGUCUAUACUUUGUUCAAUAAACAAUAAAAGCCCCCCCUUACGACUCUUUUCAGGUUAGAGAGAAUUUAAUCAACUUCUGUAUGUACUAGCUGGCUAUUUCAGCUUUAAAAGAUCUGGAAUAAGUUCAAGGCGCA